GGGGCGAUUUCGGUCCCCGCGCCCGUCGCGCCCCUUCCUCCCCUUGCCCAUCCUGCCCUGGCCGGUCCUGCCUUGGCCCGUCCUGCCUUGGCCCGUCCUGCCCUGGCCCAUCCUGCCCUUGCCCAUCGUGCCCCGGCCCCCGGGCUCCCAGCGCUGCUGCAGCUCGGCUGCCAGCCACCGGGAGCGCUUGGGGGGCUGCCGGGACCGUUUUCCUGCUUUCCUGAUUUUCCCAUCUCCCGGACUCCCUACCCCAUCUCCCUUCCUCCCUCUCGCUCGGCCCGGCACCGGCUCCAGCACCGGCACCGGCUCCGGCGGCCGGAGAUGUCGGCAGCGGACGGAGGCCGAGGGGAGCCAUUAGUCCCACGUGACCUGCGCUGUCAAGUUGCCAGUUAAUAGCACUGCAGGGGAAAAGGAACACCAUGGAUGGUUUAAUUGAACAGAGCGGUGCCCUAAUGCACAGUAAAAUCAGCGAAGCUGGGAAAAGGAACGGCUUAAUUAAUACCAGAAACUUAAUGGCGGAAAAGAGGGAUGGCCUGGUGCCUGUUUUCCCCACCCCUUCCUACCCGAGCCACGCGCUAGGGUCCAGCGCCGCCCCUAGCCAGCCGGACGGCGGCCGAAGUGAUUUGGUGCAACAGCUCCUGGACCCCAACGCCCUGCCCCAGACUGUGGAGUCCCACUACCGCCCCAACAUCAUCCUGUACUCGGAGACUGUGCUGCGGGCCUGGGGGGAUGGUGGGGCCUCGGACUGCUGCGAGACCACCUUCAUCGAAGACCGCUCCCCCGCCAAAGAUGGUCUGGACUACCCUGACGGGAAGUUCCUCGACCUCUCGGCCGAUGACAUCAAGAUCCACACCCUCUCCUAUGACGUGGAAGAGGAGGAGGACUUCCAGGAGCUGGAGAGCGACUAUUCGAGUGACACAGAGAGUGAAGACAAUUUCCUCAUGAUGCCUCCACGGGACCACCUCGGGCUCAGCGUCUUUUCCAUGCUCUGCUGCUUCUGGCCGCUGGGAAUUGCUGCCUUUUAUCUGUCCCACGAGACCAACAAAGCUGUGGCCAAGGGAGACUUUCACCAAGCCAGCUCCAGCUCCAGGAGGGCGCUCUUUCUGGCUGUGCUGUCCAUCACCAUCGGCACGGGCAUCUACGUGGGAGUGGCUGUGGCGCUGAUCGCCUAUCUCUCCAAGAAUAACCACUUAUGAGCCUGCAGAGGGAGGGCGGGAGGGGGGAUGGACUUGGGUUCUGCUCAGCAAUGAGGAGGCCGAGGACCAAACUGCCUGGAAGGGAGAGUUCUGGCUGGGCUGUGGAGGAGGCGAGGAUGACCAACUGGUAUGGCCUUGUGCAUCACAGAUCACAAAGGACCACCACAAGGCUGUCCAGCUUCCUAUCCACCCCUGCCUCCCCACUUUCUCUCUCUCUCUCUCUCCUUUUUUUAUCUUUGUCUCUCUCUGACUCUCUGUCUCUUUCUCUCCUUCCCUAACUCUCCACGUUUUCUGUCUCAUUUGGAAACUCUGCCUCUGCCUCUCCUAGUACUCAUUUUCCUUAUCACUCUGUUUCUGUUUCUAGCUCAGUGUCUCUCUCUC